AUCCCUCGGGCGGCGGCGGCGGCGGCGGCGGCGGCGGCGGCGGCGAGGCAAGACGAGGCGGAGAACCGUGUGCGGCGGGGCCGGUGGCGGGUAGAGGUGUGAGGGCGGCGAGGGACCUGAGAGGUAGUCGGGCCGGUGUGGCCGCCGCCGCCGCCAUGCAGGAAAUCAUCGCCAGCGUGGACCACAUCAAGUUCGACUUGGAGAUCGCCGUGGAGCAGCAGCUCGGGGCACAGCCGCUGCCCUUCCCCGGCAUGGACAAGUCGGGAGCUGCUGUCUGCGAAUUCUUUUUGAAAGCUGCCUGUGGCAAAGGGGGCAUGUGUCCAUUCCGCCACAUCAGUGGCGAGAAGACCGUUGUGUGCAAACACUGGCUGCGGGGGCUGUGCAAGAAGGGGGACCAGUGUGAGUUCCUGCACGAGUACGACAUGACCAAGAUGCCCGAGUGCUACUUCUACUCCAAGUUCGGGGAAUGCAGCAACAAGGAGUGCCCCUUCCUGCACAUCGACCCCGAGUCCAAGAUCAAGGACUGCCCUUGGUACGACCGUGGCUUCUGCAAGCAUGGUCCCCUCUGCAGACACCGGCACACGCGGAGAGUCAUCUGUGUGAAUUACCUCGUGGGAUUCUGCCCGGAGGGGCCCUCGUGUAAAUUCAUGCACCCUCGAUUUGAACUGCCAAUGGGAACCACCGAGCAGCCCCCACUGCCACAGCAGACGCAGCCUCCGACAAAGCAAAGUAACAAUCCGCCAUUACAAAGGUCGUCCUCCUUGAUCCAGUUAACGAGUCAGAACUCUUCUCCCAAUCAGCAGAGAGCCCCGCAGGUCAUCGGGGUCAUGCAGAGUCAAAACAGCAGCGCAGGCAACCGGGGGCCCCGGCCGCUGGAGCAGGUCACCUGUUACAAGUGUGGCGAGAAAGGACACUACGCCAACAGAUGCACCAAAGGGCACUUGGCCUUUCUCAGUGGACAGUGACAGCAGCUGGAGCCAGCUCAGAGCAGCCCAGAGGGAACCGCUCUGGGCCCUCGUUGGGAGCGUGCACUGAACUGUUUCACGCCGGUGUUGGUGCCACACUGGCUGGGGCUGGCAGGCAGGCACACUGGGGUUAUCGUUCUGAGGGGCUACAUCAGUUUCCCUAUCAUUUUGCUGUAAUCAGUUCUUAAAAGGGGACAGGUGUUCUAGUUUGGUCCUUCCAAGUCGGCAUCAUGUUUGU